AUAAGAGAAUCAGAAAUAAGUCAAAGACUCAAAGCUCAACAUCCUCGAUACUUUGUAUCAUCUAGUUCAAAGCAAAAUAGCAUGAGUUACCAAGAUAAAACCAUCUUAAUUCAUAAAAAUAUAGCAAAUGGAUUUGAGUUUUAUAAUGAGAAAAGAAAAUGGUAUGGAGUUAAAGAAGAUUUUUGCACAUUAUAUAACAAAUAUUAUUUUAUUAAAGCAAAUAAUGAAGAAACAAUUAUGGAAGCAUACAAAAGAAUUAAUGAUGA